UGACGUCGCGUCGCACGUUGCUAGUUAGUUGCAAUGUUGUAGCUAUUAGCACGAGAGCCAUUCCUUAGCUGGGCGGUAGAAACCACGUUUAUUUAGUUAAAACUUUAACUCUCAUCUGUUUAGCUGACAGCUGCCACUAACUUACUAACUACUCGACGGUUAGCUGCUGGUUUCGACCGUCUGCUAUCCGGCGUUAGCUCACCGAACUUGCUCGCUAGCGUCCCUCCGUGCCUUCCCUAGUCUGUCCCGGUCCAGCUGGAGGAACAUGGCUAUGAGGCAGACCCCUCUGACCUGUUCCGGUCACACCCGGCCGGUGGUGGACCUGGCCUUCAGUGGAAUCACUCCGUACGGAUACUUCCUCAUUAGCGCCUGCAAAGAUGGCAAGCCCAUGUUGCGCCAGGGAGACACAGGGGACUGGAUCGGAACGUUUCUGGGUCACAAAGGUGCUGUUUGGGGAGCCACUCUGAACACGGAUGCCACCAAGGCAGCCACUGCCGCCGCAGAUUUCACAGCGAAGGUGUGGGAUGCAGUCAGCGGAGAUGAGGUCCUCUCACUGGCACACAAACACAUCGUGAAGUCUGUCAGCUUUACUCAGGACAGCAGCUGUUUACUGACGGCAGGAAACGACAAACUGCUGCGUCUUUAUGACCUCAAUAACCCUGAAACAGCUCCUCAGGAGAUCACCGGCCACAGUGCAGCCAUAAAGAAAGCUCUGUGGUGCAACAACGAUAAACAGAUCCUGUCUGCUGCGGAGGAUAAAACCAUCCGGCUGUGGGACAGGAGCUCCAUGGAGGUGGUGAAGACUCUGACCUUUGACACGACCGUCAGCAGCAUGGAGUAUGUGGCUGAAGGGGAGAUUCUGGUGAUAACUUAUGGAAAAACCAUAGCUUUCUACAACGCUCUCAGCUUGGAACUGAUCAAGACUGUGGAGGCUUCAGCUACGAUCAACUCAGCCUCCCUCCAUCCAGAGAAGGACUUCUUUGUUGCUGGUGGAGAAGACUUCAAGCUCUACAAGUUUGACUACAGCACCAAGGAGGAGCUGGAAUCCUAUAAAGGCCACUUUGGCCCUGUCCACUGUGUUCGCUUCAGUCCUGAUGGCGAGCUGUAUGCCAGUGGUUCUGAGGAUGGCACGCUCAGACUUUGGCAAACGGCGGUGGGGAAAACUUACGGCCUGUGGAAGUGUGUCCUCCCAGAGGACCUGGGGACAGAGAACUCUGAGCAGCUGUACUCCUCCGCCCCUGAGAUUAAAGCMUGAAGACACAGCCGUGCCAUCAGAGAAGCACCUGAGAAAGAAGUGAGAUGAGUGGAGUGGAGUGGUGCUCCAGGGUUCUUCUGUGAGCUCACAGCAGGGAAGAGAGUCCAGAGCCUCUCCACCCRUCCUCCAGGAGCUGACCUUCUGAUCGCUCCUUUUGUCCAAUGAUCACACACGUUCUUCUUCGUUUUUUCUUUUUUUAAAGAGUCAUGAAAGAGCCGUUUGKGCUGCAGAGUGAAGCAGUAGAGUUGUGGGUGGAGGCUCACUGUUGCCUGCUUCCUCUCUGUUCUGCCAGUUUCUUUUAAAUGAACUUCAGAUCUUAUAAUUGGCUUAGUUUUGGUUUCAACAUUAAGCUUUUAUUGAGCUGGACCAAGGCAUUUGUUUUCUCUUCAUUCGUACAGAAUACUGGAUGUUUGUGCUGAACUUCAGGAGCUUUCAUUUCUUCAAACAGAACAUGGUUUUGAGUAUUUGCUACUGUUUUACUGAUUUAGCAUUUAAAGUGUCCAAAUGAAAGAAAAUAUUGUUUUGUGACAAAGUGGAAAGAGAAAAUGUUUGUUUUUCUUUGUUUUUCCAUUUUAGGUCCUCUUCAUUUGUGUCCAGUGGUGAAAUAAACAGAUGCAUUACGGUUUUAUUUGUUAGUAAUGCACAGAACACAA